CAUGUCGGACAACAAAGUCAUCGUCGCUUUUGACGCAUAUGGAACUCUCCUCUCUACCGAAUCGAUUGCUGAUAAGCUCGCUGAACACUUCGGGCAAGAGAAAGCCCAGGCCAUUGCCGCGGCAUGGCGGAAGUACCAGUUGGAGUAUACAUGGCGCUUAAACAGCAUGAGUAUGUCUUAUCCCUUGUUCCACAAGUUCCAUACUCCAUGCGUAAACAACGUCUAAUUGUGCCUCAGACCAAUAUGAAGAUUUCUCUGUUCUCACGCAGCGCUCUUUGAGACACGCACUCACCGAAGCCGGCGUGUCUCUCGACCAAAGCGCCUUUGACGAGCUUAUGAAAGCCUACGACGCUCUCUCCAUCUUCCCCGACGUAGCGCCCUGCUUAACCGCGCUCAAGUCGUCGCCUGGUAUUACGGCAGUGGUAUUCUCAAACGGGACUGAAAGCAUGGUGUCCAACAGCGUCAACAAGUCGCCGGAGCUAUCCCUUCACGCGGACGUCUUCGCCGAUAUCGUUGUGGUCGAGCAGGUAAAGCGGUUCAAGCCUGCUCCAGCCGUCUAUGAGCAUCUAGCCGAGCGCGUCGGGAAGAAGAACAGCGAGAUGGGCGAUGUGUGGCUGGUGAGCGGGAACCCGUUUGAUGUCGUCGGCGCGAGAUCGGUGGGGAUGAAGGCUGCAUGGGUGGAUCGAGCCGGCAACGGAUGGCAGGAUGCUUUGGUCGCAGGAUCGAAUGGAGAACCGACGGUUGUAGUCAAGAACCUAAAGGACUUGCCGAAGAUUUUGGAAGAGCAUGCGAAGAAAUAGAUGAUUGUUCUACCUGUAACAAGAGUAGCUUUGCUUCUCCGAAGCCAGUUGUACCUCGCGAACCGCUCGCGUUUGUAAAAGCUCGACUUCUUCCAGUCCUGAUCUGCCAUGUAAACCAAGGAGCUGGAAGAUGUACCGCCAUUAAUAUUUCCCGGGCCCUCACAGAUGAUCAAAAGAGCCUAGGGGUAAGCUGACGGAUCCUUCUCCCCUCCAUUUUCCCCUCCAAUAAUCUAUUGAUUUGAGAGCAUCAGAGUGAAUAUGAAGGGUAUAGUUUUAUGUGAGGA